UCGAGAUGCCAGUCAUUUGCAUUUUUCUCGGGGUAAUGAGCGAUACCGUGCUGAUCGUUGCGAUCGCGGCCGGCGUUGUCGUCGCUAUCCUCGCUGGGUUCUUCAUCUGGCGCUCAUGCAGAAGCAGCAAGUCGAGUAACGACGUGUAUGUGAACCAGUCUACGUUCAACCACUCGUUGCGCAACCUCCCCAACGGCCGCUCGAAGUCGGGCGUGCAAGCGACCAACACGUCGCGGAAUCUCAACUCUGGCGCCACCGACACAUUCCGACCGAUCCAGGCCCCUGCCGAUCCUUCGGAAAACUACUUCCCGGAACUGUUGCCGUUCCGCAUCGACCACAAUGAAGUUCUCCUAACCCGUGCGAUUUCGCGCGGUGCGUUCGGUGUUGUGUGGUUGGGCCACUACCACGGCCAACCCGUCGCGAUCAAGCGCAUGAUUGAAGGCGAUGACCAGGCUGUGCUGUUCUCCAAGGAAAUCCAGAUCAUGGGACGAUUGAAGUCGCCCAACAUUGUCGAGUUCCUCGGUGCCACGUGGACGUCGGGUAUGGAUUUGAGCGCCGUGACCGAAUUCAUGGACGGCGGCGACGUCCGCACGUUGUUGGAGAAUCCCAAGAUCCAGUUGAGCUGGCCUCAACAAAAGGUGAACAUUGCCAUUGACGUUGCGCAGGCUCUUGCGUACCUCCACGGCCUCACCCCUAAGCUCAUCCAUCGCGACCUCAAGUCCAAGAACGUUCUCUUGACCUCCAACAUGAUUGCCAAGCUGUCCGAUUUUGGCCUGAGCCGAAACCGCAGCUACGAAGAAACAUUGACCGCUGGUGUUGGCACUGUCCGGUGGACUGCUCCCGAAGUCAUGCUCGGCGACAUCUACUCUGAAAUCUCCGAUGUGUACUCGUUUGGCGUGGUCCUGUCCGAGUUGGAUACACGCGAAAUCCCGUUUGACGACCAGAAGAGCAGCAAGGCCGGUGGCGCCCCGGACAUGUCGAUUGUUGUCAAAGUCGCCCGUGGCGAACUCCGCCCGACUUUCUCGCCCGACUGUCCGCCCUCGAUUCUCCAGAUCGCCAAGGCAUGCCUGCAGUUUGACCCCGCGCUUCGCCCGACCAGUGCCCGCGUCGUCGAGAUGCUGCAGCAAGCCAAGCUCGAGUUCACUUUGAGCGGCCAGUAGAGGACAGUGUGUGUAAACGUUUGCCAACGUGUGGUUGAUUGGACAUAUUUUCAACGAUUUGCUAAAAUCGUCUGAAUUUGCA